UUUGGUGUGCGUCAGUGAAUGUGGGUUUUUCUGUUUGUUAAUGAGUGUGUUGGGGGUUAGGAGUGGAAAUACCAUUGCUGUGUGUUUUUGGUUGCUCCUUUGGGAGCCCUACGUGCUGCAGACCGUUGUCAUAGGAAGGGGACAGACAGGAGGACACAACCCUUUGUCUUUAGUGUGACGUCCCAGUAGAUUUUCCCAAGGUGUAUCAGAGGGGCAUUUUUGCAACCUUAUAAGGAACUUUAGGAUUUCUUUCGGAGUUUUAGGAGGACAAGCACAGUGACGACAUUCACACCAAACACAGAAAAACCUGUUGGAGCUCGUCAGUCAGUUUGUAGUUUCAAGGUUCCAGCGUCUGAACCAUGUUCUCCACGGCCACUUCAUACAAGAACCAGCAUUACUCUGAGCUGAAGAGGAAAUGUCUGGAGGACAAGGAACUGUUUGAGGAUCCAGAGUUUCCUGUCACCAAUGCAUCCCUGUUCUACAAGAAACCACCUCCUGGUAUGGUGGAGUGGAAGAGACCACGGGAGAUCAGUGAUGGGCCUCAUCUGUUUGUGGAGGGUAUCAGCUCCCAUGACCUGAACCAGGGGCUUUUGGGUAACUGCUGGUUUGUGGCGGCAUGCUCCUGCCUGGCGCUGAAGCCAGACCUCUGGCAGAAGGUCAUUCCUGACUGGAAGGAGCAGGAAUGGGACUCCAAGCACCCGGAGACCUACGCUGGCAUCUUCCACUUCCAGUUCUGGGUGUUUGGGGAGUGGGUGGAUGUGGUGGUGGAUGACCGCCUGCCCACCAUCAACAGAGAGCUCAUCUACUGCCACUCCAAAGUCAAAAACGAGUUUUGGAGCGCCCUGCUUGAGAAAGCCUAUGCCAAGCUKUCUGGCUGCUAUGAGUCGCUGGACGGGGGCAACACUGGGGAUGCAGUGGUGGAUUUCAGUGGAGCCGUGGCAGAGGCCAUUAACCUUGAGGCUGAAGCUUUCCACAAAGACCAGGGGAGAAUGGACAAACUGUUUGAGGACCUGUUCAAAGUCUACGACAGGGAUGGAAUAAUCAGCUGCUCCAUCAAGGCGUCUCCUUCUGAAAUUGAGGCACGGAUGGCAUGUGGGCUGGUGAAGGGCCAUGCCUACUCAGUGACUUCAGUGAAGAAAGUACGAUUGGGCCACGGGCUGAUGGCCUACUUCCAGAACGAGACCAUCCCCCUGAUUCGCAUGAGGAACCCCUGGGGAAAGAUUGAGUGGAACGGAGCCUGGAGUGACAGUUCAGCGGAAUGGAAAAAGGUUGGCAGCAUGGAGAGGAAUAAGCUUGGCAUCACAGUGGAAGAUGAUGGGGAGUUCUGGAUGGAGUUUAGAGACUGGUGUAAGUACUUCACAGAUGCAGACGUUUGUCGUCUCAUCAACACCUCCCUGCUCACCAUCGACAAGACAUGGAACGAAGUGAUGAUUUUGGGGAGUUGGACCAAGAAUGCAGAACCUCUGCGCAACCGCUGUGGAGGCUGCAUGAACCACAAACAUACCUUCUUGCAGAACCCCCAGUACCUGUUUGAGGUGACCAAGGAAGUGGAUGAGGUUCUGAUCUCCCUACAGCAGAGAGACAUGAAGAUCCACAGACGUAUCGGCCAGGGAGAGAACCUGACCAUCGGCUUCGCCGUCUUCAAGGUUGAACUGAAUAGGAAAUACCGCAUGCAUGACAUCAUCACCCAACUUAACGUGCAAACUACUACGUACAUCAACGCCCGCACGGUGUUCAUGAGGGCCACGCUCCCCAAGGGUCGCUACAUGAUCAUCCCCUCCACCUUCAAACCUGAGAUUCUGGGAGAGUUCAUGCUGCGUGUUUACACUAACGUAGACUCAGGAUGCAGAGAGCUGACAGAACACCAGCCCAGGAUGACGUGUUGGAGUAAGUUGACUGGCUACCCUGUUGCCGUGUCCCAGAUCUAUGUCCACGGAGCAGAGGGGCUGGAGAACCAGGACCGCACAGGGGGCGCGGAUCCAUAUGUGAUCGUAUCCUGUGAGGGCUCCUCAGUCCGGUCAACAGUCAAGGCGGACACCGUGAUGCCGGUGUUUGAUACCAGAGCCAUCUUCUACAGGAAGAAGCCCACAAAGCCAAUCACUGUGGAGGUGUGGAACAGUAAUGCUGUGAAGGACCAGUUCCUGGGCCAGGUGGUUCUGACAGGCUCAGUGAAGGACUCCACCAACCCCCAGAGGCUCCAGCUGAGGAAGAGUGGCAGAGCCAUGGCCGACGAGAUGCCUGGCUCCAUCACCCUCCGUAUCGUCACCUGCACCGAGCUCACAGACAUGUGACCUGGAUCAGCUGACUACUACCUGAGUCACAUUGACAAUGUGUACAACACUCUGUUGCCUCUGACACUUUGAACAGGGGCUCAUCACUACAAGGCAUAAGGUUAUCACUCAGAAUGACUAUCAAUGUGAGCUUACAAUAUAUUCUACUAAGGACUGCCAUGGUCAUGGACCAAGAAGCACCUACUAAAGACUGCCUUGGUCAUGGACCAAGAAGCACCUACUAAAGACUGCCUUGGUCAUGGACCAAGAAGCACUUACUAAAGACUGCCUUGUCAUGGACCAAGAAGCACCUCUAAAGACUGCCUUAGUCAUGGACCAAGAAGCACCUACUAAAGACUGUCUUGGUCAUGGACCAAGAAGAACCUACUAAAGACUGCCUUGGUCAUGGACCAAGAAGUAUCUUCAAGCCUUCUGGAGUUUUGUUUGUUCUUAUAGUGUUUUAUAAAGGGACAAGACAUUACUUUUUGAAAGAUGAAUAACUGUAAAUAUAUCAUUAUUUUAUACUAGACUAUACACUAUGAAACAUAAUAACUCUUCAGAGUAAUACGCAUACUGUAUCUGUAUACAACAUUAUGCAACUUAUACAUUCCAACAAUAUGUUUAUUAUCAUAUACAAAUAAAAGUGCCUCUUUUCAUAUUGCUGAAAAACAGCCAAAAGGCUCUUGCUGCAAAUAUUGGAAAGUCUUGAAAGAGCCGAAUGUAUCUAGAGUGUAAGUUUUGGACCAUGGUCAUAAAUUUGUGUCAUUCCACUGAACUUAUUGAAAUGUCUAAAGGGUAUGUACUGCCUCUAAACUACCAUAUUCCUUUGCUCGAAAUGUCUUGCCACUUUUAGUCCCUCUCUACUAACAGCAAAGAAAAGUGAAUCCAUUCAAACCAAAAAGUUAUUUUUGUAUUUUUUUUAAUUUCAGUUCAGUUCCCAAACUGCAGUAUUUCGUUGUUUUACACUCAAGACACAGCCAUGCACAAUUCAGAAUUCCAAAAAGUAUGUUGCUUUAACCACAAUUAAAAAUAGCUUAUCCAAAA